AUGGAUUCUUUCCUCUCAUCCAAAGUCCCACCGCCCCGUCCAGCCAAAAACUACAUAAUUUCUUUUCCAGAAGAUGAUCUCCCCGAAGAAGCAAGCAAAGCCCCCGAUGACGUACAGGACUGGUAUUCUCAUUUCUUCGAAACCUUGUUCUGUCUCCCUCACAAGGACGGCAAGGGCAUACUUAUCCUGGAAGCCCCCGAAGACAUUGAGCCAGACUCGCGAGCAAGGCCGGGUUGGGCGCGCAAGCGCUUGAGAGGAGCGUAUGAACUUCCUGGAGAGGGACAUCCCAGGAUCGUCCGAUAUCUUAGGCCGCUGGAAAGCGACAUUGGCGUUGUUGUCGAGAGGCUCGAGCCUGGACCUAUUGAGUGGCACUCGCUUCCAGCACUGACUGUACCUCUCCUGCAAGACCUGUCAGAAAAUGGCCGCUUGAUGCUGAGCCUGUACUAUCGGUGGGCAUUGCAGGUGCUCUCAGCGUUGCAAUUCGCCCACUCGCGAUCCGUGUUCAUCCGAAACUUUUGCACGGAGCUCGUGUGGCUAAGGUCGGAUUUCUCGCUCGCAAUCACGGGGUUCCUUGCCGCAUCAGCACCGCAGAUUGAAGAGGAAAACAAACAGGAUGGCAUUGCUAGCGCAAGGGAACGCCUGCAGGAUUCUGCGUAUCCGAACCCGAUGACGCUGGAAGAGUUUGAUCGUAGGGUUAGGGAGGAGGGGUAUGCGCCAUGGCCGUUUAGCGAUGGCGAGUGGAUUAUAGAUGGUAGCGUGAGCGAUGCUAUUUACGAAGGAGACGAGGAGCAUGGGAGCGUGAAAGAAGACUUGUACUAUUGGGCUAUAUUUGUCAAAUACCUCGUCAACAACGUCUUUGCAGAUGCGUCCGCGUUGCAAGACGGGAUUCCCGACGAAAUUGAAGAUGUAAGCCUAGGCACCAUUAUCGCGAAUGCUGAGAAUGGUCGGUACAAGGAUGCCGCUGAGGUUAUGAAAGACGUCAAAGCUGCGGCUGCGAAGAUGGGAAUCAAGAUUGUGGGUGGUGACGAGGUCGAUAUUGAUGGUAAGUGGGAAAAUGUCUUUGAGAUUUGUGAGAGGCAGUUGCGUUUCCGCGAGGAGGAAUAG